AUGCCUUAUGACUACUCUGGAUAUGGCGUGAGUGGUGGAAAACCGUCGGAAAAGAACUUAUAUGCAGACAUAGAUGCUGCAUGGCAAGCUUUACGGACACGAUAUGGUAUAAGCCCAGAAAAUAUCAUACUGUAUGGGCAAAGCAUAGGAACUGUGCCAACUGUAGACUUAGCUGCUCGUUAUGAAGUAGGUGCUGUGGUUCUCCAUUCACCCUUAAUGUCAGGCAUGCGGGUUGCAUUUCCAAAUACAAAGAGGACAUGGUUUUUUGACGCUUUUCCUAGUAUUGAUAAAAUUCCUAAGGUGACCUCUCCAGUCCUUGUUAUUCAUGGCACUGAAGAUGAGGUGAUUGACUUUUCUCAUGGUCUAGCUAUAUAUGAGCGAUGUCCACGUGCUGUGGAACCACUAUGGGUAGAGCUAGCGGGGGCCGGGCCUAGCCGGGCCGGCCCCAACAAAAACUCGACAACAUCCCGCCUUACGAGCGGGCCUCCCGAACGCAGGGACAACGACCGCGCCACGGCUGAACAGCCUGCCGCCGAAGUCAGUCCCCGCCCUAUCAACAUCAGCAUUAACGUGACCGACGCCGAUUCGCCCGCUGGCGUUCGACGCCGCAUACACUUGCGCUCGCUCAGCGACGUGACUCCCGCGAGCCGCACUCUGGCGCCUCGAGCGAGAUCACACUCGGAGCGGCCUAGUACUACGCCGCAGCCGUCGCCUUUGCACGUUCCGCUCGCGGCGCCGCGCGCCCGCAGCGAGCGCUCGUCGCCCGCCGCCUCGACGCUCGCCCUGAACGCUCCGCCACUCCUCGGGGACCCUUGGCGUAAGAUGAGUGACCGCGAACUGAGCGCCGCCCGUUCGGCGUUGGACCCCUGGGUUAAAAAAUCGGGCCGCGAAGAGGGUGGAGUGAGCUUGCCGCAGCGCGGCAAGCUGGAGCGCACGGCGGCUGUGUGUGAGGCGUGCGGCGCGAGCGGCGCGGAGUGCGCGUGUCGGCGCUGCACGUGCGAGCGGUCGCCGCGCCCUUCGCCCGCGCGCCUGCAGCCACCGCCGCCGCGCGCGCCCUCUCGCGCCGCCUCCGAGGACGACGAUCGCGUCGGCCCGCGCCGCCUCUACAAGUCCGCCUCCCAGAAGGUCGUCUCGUCCGUUGACACCGAUGUCGCGCCCGAGACUGCGGAUCCCCUGCUGGAGACCACAUGCUGA